UCAAAACUAAUUUCCCCGUCAUUUUGGGGUCGAAAUUUGGGAUCCCAUUUCGUCGAAAAUGAUGAAUAUUUUGUCGAGAUAUCGUCACAUCUUUCUYGUUCUCCUUGUCUUUCUCGUAUGCUCUGAAUGUUUUCCUUCCAAGCUUAAGAAACCAGGAAACCACAGACGAACAACGAGGAGCCACUUAAAGGGUCAUGGCCAUGGGAAAAGCAUGAAGAAAGAUUCGGUACGGCCAUCCAGACAAGAAGUUAUGGCUGCCGUGAUGCAUCCUGGAAAGCUAGACAUAAGAGAAGAGAAGGAGYUGUCUCAGAUGCAAGACUUCAACAAGGAGUACAUGAACAACGAGAUGGCUGCUGAAACAUCUCUCUUGGCCAACCAGGGUAUUGACGAUGAUUCUGCCCUUAAAAUAUCCAACAUUGAAGCAUUGCCUGGCGCCUUCCGGGGCGCAAAUGCCUCUCCUAAAACAAAAUUCAACGAAAUGAAAGAUGACACCACGAGCAUGUCCAAACAGAACGUAGCAAACUUCAACCCAGACGAGUAUAUGCUCGACGCAAACUCGUGGCCCGAAUACAAGAUUAAGGACUCAGACUACAUGAGUAGGAAUUUCCGUGURUUUCCAGRGCCAAAUGAAGGUGAGGGUGGAUUCCAAGGUGGUAUGAUGCCCUACGGAGCACGAGGAAAGAUGGAGGAAGGUAUGGAGGGUCCGUACGGCGAUGGCAACUAUGGUUUCCCUCAGCCGCCUCAGAUGGUCAGUGAUCAACCGAGCCCUCCUCAGAUGCCAGAUGAAGGAUCACAGAUCACAUCGAUGCCCAUGAAUGAAGCAAACAAAGUCCAAAGAUUGGUUUUGAAAAACAACAAGCACAAAAACCCACAGAGUGAAACAUUCAACGAUAUGAACGCCGGCCCAUCUAAAGGGUCUUCCGAUAAAGACUUGCUCCAUCCAGCAGAGGGGGGCUCAGGUAGUGGAGAAGGUUCUGGAAACAGUGACCCAAAUGUUAAAGAGAAUAAAGCACCCUUGAAACCUAAUGGAGCAAGCGAGACCCCCAAAGCUUCAAACAUGAAAAUUCAUUUGAAGGAUGAUGGUAAAGGUGUGGUAGGAGCGGAUAAAGGAGGGAAAGGUGCUGCAGGACCUAGUACAGGAGGAGGAGGGACAGAGGGAGGUUCAGGAGAUGCUUCAGGGGCAGUGGGAGCUGGCAAAACAGGAUCCGACGGGACAGAAGCAUCAGCUACUGGAACAAAAUCCAACAGUGACAGUUCCCAAGUCCUAACCUCACAACCAAAUCCAGAACAACUAGUCACAAGUACAAAAACGCCAACACCGGAAAAAAUAAAACAAAAAGAUGAUAAAAAUAAAACACAGAAUCUUUCCACUAGUGGUAAAAGUGACUCCACAAAUGGUAAAACUGGAUCUAACCAAUCUAAUGGGACAACAGGAUCCAAUCUUUCUGAUGGAUCAUCAGCAAAAGAGAUCACAAACGCUUUGUCGCAAGCGCAAGGCAACAACCCCCUGGGGCAAUUUGCCGAGUUCUUGAAAUCUAARGGAAUAACUUUGACAAUAAAUAAGGACAAAGCUACGGCCACCUCCAACGCCCAAACGCCUGAUAAAGAAAGUCAACCAAACUCUACAACAGCACAAAGUGCCCCACCACCAUUAUCAAUGUUAGCAUCYGUCCUUCCUACCACGGGAGAAUCUCUUUCCCAACCGUCCAGCAAUACCAACAGCAUUACCAWAGCAAAUGGCUCCCAAGACAGUCAUGCCUCUCCCAACAACUUAGAUAACGCUGUAAUGAAUUGGCAGAACAUUGCUCCACAAAACGCCGGUCAAAUAGGAGAACUUUUUCUACGACAAUCCACCAAACAAGGUCACAACUAACAACAUUAUUUUUGAACUGGAAAGUUUUUUGUCUAGCUGUGUUGAUCGUUUUUAGACGGAAUCUUUAACCCUGAGAACUAGACGAGUUGUGUGUCAUAUUGAUAGAAAUACUCACUAUAUUCAGUACGAAUAGUAAUGGCAACGAAGUCUUUAUUAACGUUUGUAUCAAACGAUCUGAAUGUUAUCAACCCCAGCAUGGAAUAAUAAAAAAAA